CCAGGCUGUUGAGCCAUGGCAUCAGAUUCUGCCUCGCCUCCUUCCCUGGCGCUGCAGUCUGAUAGAGAUUGCUCACACGCGGCUCCGUUCAUAUUACGCCGAUUCGCACGCAAACUCUUCCCGGCAGUGGCGGAAAGGCCAUUUAUCAUCUCAUCUCUCUGCAGGUGACACCGUGGCACCAUCAUAUCUCGCGUCAUUUUCCUUGGUAAAAUGUGAGAAAAGUCCAUAUGUUUUCCAAGGUCAAAGUUGAAAAGAAAACCUGUUUAUACUUCAUUCAUAUGCUGGGGUCAAUACCGUAAUCUACAGCAAAGUUUCUCUGCAAAAAUCACCACGGUACAUGCUUGUACGCUAAGCACCUCGUCUCUAGUUUGCUGCUGCUUCUUGUAUGUUGUGUACUUGUGUCGAUAACGCAAGGCCACAAGGGCUUGUGCUUCUUCCUUCUGGUAGGUCACCUGAAAUUGGUGCGGUGGCCAGUUGCAGCGAUGGGGAUGGUGGCCUCCAUGUGCACGGAGCCGAUCAAGCGGCGGCGAGCGGAGAAGGACCUCGACGACAAGGUGGCGGCGGCGCUCCGGGAGAGGGCCAGGUCCCGGCAGCGGACCUUCCGGACGGUGAACAGCAUCACCAUGCGCCUGCCCCGCUUCAAGGACGGCCUCCGGGACAUCAAGGACGUCUUCGACCAACGAGGAUUCCAACGGCACGAUCGACAACGACGAGCUGCGGAGCUGCCUGGGCAAGCUCCAGGUCCAGAUGUCCGACAAGGAGGCCGACGACGUGCACCGCUACUGCGACGUCGACCGCCGGGGCGGCAUCAAGUUCCAGGAGUUCGUCGUCCUCCUCUGCCUCAUGUACCUGCUCUUCGGCCCGGACGUCACGCGCCGCGUACGGUCUCCGAGUUCGAGUCGGCAAAGCUCAACUACGUCUUCGACGAGCUCAUCGAUGCCUUCCUCUUCUUCGACAAGGACGGCGACGGCAAGAUGAAGAGGAAAGACGUCACCCGGAGGAUGAACGAGGCGUCCCACCAGGAGAGGACGCCCAGCCACACAACGGCGCAGCUAUUCAAGGAGAUGGACCUCAACAGGAACGGGAAGGUGAACCUCAAGGAGUUCCUCUACUCCAUAAUUAGAUGGGCAGGCCACGAGACCGAAGACGACGAUGCGAGCAAUGAGGGCUCUCCCUAGACCCUAGUGUACUGUCUUCCUCCUCAUCUCCGUUUUCUUUUAACCGAUGAACGCUUGCAAGGCAAGCUAAAUCCAAAACCAAACUGUAACUUUGUAAGUUGUGGUGGCGUUAUAAGAAUGCCAAAGGUUUGAGUAACUACAAGGCCGAAUUGUGACUCGGAAGUUCUUUCCAGACCGGAUGGUUCAUGUACAG